UACGAUUUCAAGGGUUACUAACUUUAUGAUUUUUCUGGACAGCCGAAUUUUUGUUGGGGAUGUCAUUGUUGUGAAGGACCCUGAAAAUUCUGAUAACUAUCUCGUCAGAAGAUUGGCUGCCACUGAAGGAUAUGAAACGGUGUCUAAGGAUGAAAAAGAUGAGCCAUUUGUUCUUGAAAAGGACCAGUGCUGGGUAUUGGCUGACAAUGAAAAAUUGAAGCCCAAGGACGCUAAGGACAGUCGGGUAUUUGGUCCAGUUCCCAUGACUGACAUAGUUGGUCGAGUUAUAUAUUGUCUGCGAACAGCUGUUGAUCAUGGUCCUCUUCAGAAUAGUCAUUACAGCAUGCGAAAGGAUUCUCCAGUGUUGGAAGUAGAGCUGGAUAUCGAUGGCAUGGUGAAGAAUCACAAAGCCUAAACUGUCUACACUUAACUGUCUAUCUAUCUAUUGUCUUUGUUACACCUUUUCUUCCCUGUGUAGAUAUCUUAAACU